AUGGCAGCAGCAACAUCCACAAAGAGCACAGCAAAGAAGACGGGCAAAGAGAACGCCGCUCCUCGUGGCAAGAGCCGGGCCCUUGAUGAGAUUGCGAGCGAGGACGACGAGAUCGUACAAGAGAAGAAGUCUAGCAAGAGUAAAAACAAAAGACCCUUGCAAGAGGCCGACGACGAGGGAGACGUGAGAGAGCUCAAGAAGCAGCUAGCUACAGUCUCUGCCGAACGCAAUCGGCUGCGAUCCCAAAAAGACACGUUUGCCAAACAGUUCGAAGAGCUUUCGAGGCUCAGAUCGACCGACGCCGAGUCUCUUUUGGAAAAGUACAAGGAAAAGGUCAAGAUACAAACAGAAGCCCAGAGCAAGGCCAUUGAUGACUCAACAAAGCUCAACGAUUCUCUCAUGUCUCGAGUGCAACACCUGGAAAAAUCACUGGCAGCCGCCAAGAAGGCUGUCACCGAGAAUAUCGUCAAUGCAGACCCGAAAGAAGUACGCGCUUUGAAGGAUGAAAUCAAGAGAGCAAAGUCGGAUCUUGAUUCCAAGAAUGAUGCUUAUCUUGCACUUCAGAAAGAGUACAAGACCGAGAUUGAAAACUCGCGGUCCUUGCAAGCGUCUACCAAGAGCGUACCGGCUAGCAAUGCAGUCUCUACUGCGGGUCCCCCGUCCGAGGAUGCCGAGAUGGACACUGCCAGUCUAAGACUCUACGAAGAUCUCACCUUGCUAAACAUCAUGAGCGUCAAGAUACAAAAGGGCAAAUAUGGAAACAAGGAAAAGACUUUUAACUGUGUCAUGGCUGCGAACGGUAUCAGUCUCAGCUUCAAGCUCCGUUCCUAUAUCGAGAUCGACAAGAAACGCCCUGCCGAUUCGCCCUACGUCAGCACCGUACACUACUCCCCGUCCUCCCUCAAAAACGAACCCAAGGAGGUUGUGGAGAAACUUGGUGAUUUCGGGACUGAAUUUGUGAUACCACGUGAAGAGCUUGGGGGCUUCUUUCUAGAGCUGAGAAAGAGGCUUGAGGCGAGUGACGAUGACGAGUAG